UAGGGUGCCAGGUCUUGGGAGAGAGCAGCAGCCCCAUCUGAGGCCUGCAUGCGCCUCUGGCAGACUCAGGUGCUUGUUCUAAAGGGAAAGGGCUUCCAGAAUUUUACCAACAGCAGCCAGGUAGGAGACCAGAGAGGACUCUUGGGAGCCAAGAAAGGUUCAAGAAGUCUUCCUGGACAGAUGCCGUGCGUAGUGAGGACCAAAGGCGCUCGGGGCGGAGCGGGUCCAGGGGCGAGGAGAGGAGAUAGGGCCGCCAUGGGCCUGCUGCAGGGUCUUCUCGGAGCGAGGAACCUGCUGCUGGUCGUCUGCGUCCCGCUGCUGCUGCUGCCUCUGCCCAUCCUCCACCCCAGCAGCGAGGCUGCGUGUGCUUACGUCCUGAUCGUGACCGCUGUGUACUGGGUAUCCGAGGCGGUGCCUCUUGGAGCUGCAGCCUUAGUGCCUGCCUUCCUCUACCCGUUCUUCGGAGUUCUCCGAUCCAGCGAGGUGGCAGCCGAGUACUUCAAGAACACCACGCUGCUGCUGGUGGGUGUCAUCUGCGUGGCGGCCGCCGUGGAGAAGUGGAACCUGCACAAGAGAAUCGCCCUGCGCAUGGUCUUGAUGGCCGGAGCCAAGCCAGGCAUGCUGCUGCUCUGCUUCAUGUGCUGCACCACGCUGCUGUCCAUGUGGCUCUCCAACACCUCCACCACCGCCAUGGUGAUGCCCAUCGUGGAGGCCGUGCUGCAGGAGCUGGUCAGUGCCGAGGAGGAGCAGCUCGUGGCCGGCAACUCCAGCGCCGAAGAGGCCCAGCCCAUCAGUCUCGAUGUAAAUAGCCAGCCUUCUCUGGAACUCAUCUUUGUCAAUGAAGACACGUCAGCUGCAGACUUCACUUCCCUGAUGCAGAACAAGAACCUGAAUGGUGUGCCCACAAUCACCAACCCCAUCAGAACAGCAAACCAACACCAAGACAAGAAGCAGCCAUCCCAGGAAAAGUCGCUAGUCCUGACUCCCAGUCCCAGGAACCAGAAGCUGAACAGAAAGUACAGGUCCCAGCACGACCAAAUGAUCUGCAAGUGCCUCUCUCUGAGCAUUUCCUACGCUGCCACCAUCGGUGGCCUGACCACCAUCAUUGGCACCUCCACCAGCCUCAUUUUCCUGGAACACUUCAACAACCAGUACCCAGCCGCAGAGGUGGUCAACUUUGGCACCUGGUUCCUCUUCAGCUUCCCCAUAUCCCUCAUCAUGCUGGUGGUUAGCUGGUUCUGGAUGCACUGGCUGUUCCUGGGCUGCAACUUUAAAGAGACCUGUUCUCUGAGCAAGAAGAAGAAGACCAAAAGGGAAGAGCUGUCAGAGAAGAGAAUCCAAGAGGAAUAUGAAAAGCUGGGAGACAUCAGCUACCCUGAAAUGGUGACUGGAUUUUUCUUCAUCCUGAUGACCGUACUGUGGUUUACCCGGGAGCCUGGUUUUGUCCCUGGCUGGGACUCCUUCUUUGAAAAGAAAGGCUACCGCACUGAUGCCACUGUCUCUGUCUUCCUGGGCUUCCUCCUCUUCCUCAUUCCAGCAAAGAAGCCCUGCUUUGGGAAAAAGAAUGACGGUACAAGCCGGGAGCCCUCCCUACAGACAGAGCCCAUCAUAACAUGGAAGGACUUCCAGAAAACCAUGCCCUGGGAGAUUGUCAUCCUGGUGGGAGGAGGCUAUGCCCUGGCUUCUGGAAGCAAGAGCUCUGGUCUUUCCACGUGGAUUGGGCACCAGAUGUUGUCCUUGAGCAGCCUGCCACCCUGGGCUGUCACCCUGCUGGCAUGCAUCCUGGUGUCCAUUGUCACAGAGUUUGUGAGCAACCCAGCCACCAUCACCAUCUUCCUGCCCAUCCUGUGCAGCCUGUCUGAAACGCUGCACAUUAACCCACUCUACACCCUGGUCCCAGUCACCAUGUGCAUCUCCUUUGCAGUGAUGCUGCCGGUGGGCAACCCCCCCAAUGCCAUCGUCUUUAGCUACGGGCACUGCCAGAUCAAGGACAUGGUGAAAGCUGGCCUGGGAGUCAACGUCAUUGGCCUGGUGAUAGUGAUGGUGGCCAUCAACACCUGGGGCAUUAGCCUCUUCCAUUUGGACACUUUUCCAGCCUGGGCGAAGGUCAGUAACAUCACUGAUCAGGCCUAACACAAGUGAACCACCUGGAUCAGUCAAAGGAGCUGCGCAGAGCACAAUCUGAACCACAGGCAAAGAAACCCACCCAGAGCCCACACCCCAGAACCACACUGAGGCGCCCUGCCAGAAGAUUCUGCCAUCUACACCUUGAAGUGCAGGGACCCUGCAACCGCCUCAGGCAUGAGCUGGGCUGUUGGUGUCUUCUUCCCUGGCUGCCUGCCUACCUGCCUUAGCAUCACAGCUCAAGAAACCAAAAACUGAUUUCUCUUCCUUGGUCUGGUCUUUCCAAUCAAUUCUUUCUCAAGACAGGGAAAAAAGCAAGUUUGUCUUAAUUGCCCCUGAGGGGCGAAGCCUCCCAUACUGACUAGCCUCACUAGGUUUUGUUACUUGCAAUUGCUUCUUAGGAGUUGGAGGACAUAUCCAAAUCAUCCCACCUAUGCAGAUGGUGAAACCAGUGACAUCUCUUUUGGGGGAAUCCUAUCCAGAACUUGAGCCAUCUCAAGUGUUUCUAAUCCUAAGUUCUCUUCACAAAAAGGCAAUUCUUCAUAGGUCCUCUUUGUGGCAAUCAGUACCCUUUCAUCACUACUUUGAUUUAGUCUUAAACAAUGGCUUCCAUUUUUUCAAUGGCUCCCCUUUGACAUCAAUUCUGUAAAAAAAAAAAAAAAAAAAAAAAGUGUUCCCCUUCAGCAGAGAGGCUGGCAUUAUUCACUUUGUUCAAAGGAAAAGGAAGUGAAAAGACACAUUGAGAAUAGCUGCUCUCUCUCCACUCACUAACUGGAAAUACCAUUGCCUUGGCUACAUGUAGGAAGGAGGGAAAACUUCCAUAUCUGUCUUAGGGAGACCAAAACUACAAUUAAGACCACAUCACUAAGGGCUGGGGUUGUGACUCAGUGGCAGAGCACUUGCCUAGCAUGUGUGAGGCAGUGGGUUCAAUCCUCAGCACCACAUAAAAAUAAAGUUAUUGUGUCCAUUUACAACUAAAAAAAUAUUUUUAAAAAGACCACAUUAUUGGUAUUAUGCUGGCUUGCUUCUGGAUUUAAUGAGUAGUUCAUUCCUGAGAAGACAAAGUACUAUGACCCAAAGGUCCAACAUGCCAAUCACUUCCUUCAUGUUGGUGAGCCCCCUGAGGGGAGGGAGAUGCCUGUGUCUCUCGAAUUCCCCUGGUAACUUCUACAAUGUGGUAAGCUGUAACUGCUCAAUAAAUACUCCCAAAGAGAAAAAUCACUCUGCAAGGUAAGGCCUUCUCCGUCCUGUAGACCAAGCCAUUCUUUUCCCAUGAGAUGCCCUUGCUGCAUAGCUGGAUAUAGUUCUCAGUCCUUCCGAGUUUGCUGCCACUACAUAUUUCCAAUUUCUACAAUCAGUUGCUUACUAAAUACAUCUUAAGGAAAAAGUAGUCCCCCAUAGUUACUGCACUGUAUUAACUGAUUUUAAGAUAAUAACAAUAGCAUGUGGUUUUCCCACAAUAAUUUAUCCAUAAAGUCACUCCUUUAGUUUAUCAAGUGUCUGAGUUAUAAAGUUGUUUUGUUUUGCUUUUGUUUUUUUGUGCCAGUCAACACUCAACACUCCAACCACAAACUGUGAUUGGCCAGGUCUAACUGGGAAUAUUACUGCUUCUGCCCUGUUGGUUAGCUUAGUUGAUAUCUGGCCAAUUUUAGUAGUAAAGAUCUCAGAGGCCCAGAUGAAAUGCCAGUGUUAGGUGUGCUACAGCUGCUUUGAUCAAGUCAGCAUCCCUCCAAUCUGCUUUAAAAUAUUCAAGACUCAGGGUGCUGCUCCUAUUGUCAGGGCAGCCAAAUAUCACAUUUCUCAACCCUAUACAGACCCUACACCAAGUCAGAGGAUAAGGCAAAGGCACAGAAAAUCAGUAAGAUUCUAGGAGAAUAAGAAAAAAAAGGAAAGAAAAGUUGACUUAGAACUAAGUGGACUCAGGAUUACUGGCCCCUGUUCACCUACCUGGGAUCCCGAGUCACUCCUCAAGGGGAAACAGCACCACUUCCCACUGCAGCUGCAGCCGGUGCUCCAUUAGCAGGUGCGUUCAACCCGCUGGUGUAGAAAGCACAUUUGUUUCAAUCUGUUCUACCAGCCGCUCUCA